ACCCAGUCACCCACUAUAUUACACUUACGUGUCUAAGGACCGUGGUAGAUGGUUUAUUCUGAAUGCAGCUUUAUUACCUUUGAAUGCCCUGAGGAUGUUAAAAAUGGUAGUAGCUGGUAGCAACGCAAUGGGCGGAUAGAGCACGAACUAUUUUCAAGGAAAGAAAGAUGCCAUUAAUUUAUGAUAGUGCUACUCAAGGAGGACUAUGAGAAAUGAUUCCGAGUAUUUAUGGAGAGUGUUGAAGUUUGUAUAGAGAAUGCAAAAAAUCUAAAAUGUGACGGCUGUUGAGAAAUACUCAUUCGUUUUAAGUUCCUCAACGUCUGUAGAGAGAAUCGAUGUGUCAUCUUGGUGGAACAUAACCUCUCAAAACAAACGUAAGAGAUAUCGUUUGAUAUUUAGCACAAAGUUCAAGCGCCUUUCUUAUCUGGUUAAGAUUGUAUUUACUUUGUGACCCCUUCCGGGUAUUCCUUGUAUUCUCGUUAUGCUCUCUGCUACUGAGAGAAUUGACCAUUCGUACGUUGGCGGUCACGCCGUAUUGACGAGGAGAUUUGUUAAAUAUUGCAGCAAACAUUUAAGGUAGUUUCUUGUUGAAUCAUGAAGACAAUCGUCGGGCUUCAUUAUAGUAUUAAAAGUACCUCGGUUAAUCAUCAAGACAGAAAAGAUGAACUCAUUUAUAAAGACGGUGAAGUCUGUGACCUCCAGAAGGGAUGUCCUGGUACGGGAAUCACUUCAGAAGCUGUUAAACACCAGUGUCAUGGAGAUGCAAAGUGCUCCAGGUGUGAUGGAAGGUGGUACAGUGGGAAAUUGCGAAGAGGCAAUGACUCUGUGCUCUGCUUUGGAAGCUAUGUUUUUGCACGGAUUAAAGGAUUCAUUGUUAAACCGUGUGACAGAGGCUCUAAGUGGACCAGACUUUGAUGCUAUGCCACAGCCCAGUUUUUGGGGUCCGCUUUUGGUUUUCUCCCAUCGGCAGAUUAUAGAUCAAAUUCAAGGCUUGACACAGAUCACUACCGAAGUGGGUUAUUGUAGGGCUUGGAUACGACUAGCAUUAAAUGAAGGAUUGUUAUCCAGUUAUUUGAGCUCUAUCCGAAGAGAUAAUACAGCCCUUAAACCAUAUUAUAAUCGUUCGGCAUUCAUCAGAGACACAGAUCUUGUUGACGUGGCACAGAGACUUAUUGAAAGUCUAGAUCAUGUGCAAUUUGAACUUGCUUGUAACACAAGUUUAUUAAAUUUCUGGUCAAGCACACCUCUUCUUAUGGCUGCAAUUUGGUCACCACCAAUGAAAUCAUGUCCAGUAUCCUGUGCCGUGGAUAUUGCUAAGACAAUAACAAGUGAGCUGACGGAUAGUGACAAUAUAGAAGAGAUUGAAACUGCUAGUUCCAUUGGGAGCAUGGGAUCCUUUAAUUCCUCACAAUCUGCUCUAAAUAGUAUUACAAAUCUCACUGAGGAUGAUCCAUUGAAAAACAUUUUAGCGAAGAGAAAGACAAAUGGAACUGACGUUCGAAAUUCAAACAGGUCUUCACCAGUGGUAAUGAAUAAGAGAAAAAUUAAAGAGAAUACACAUAAAAGAGAAGAAACGACCACAGAACCUACGGGUGAUAACACAACAAAGAGAGAUGCAGAAACGAGUAUCGAUGUUGAUACAAGUACUGAAGAUUUAAGCAGUAAUGUUCAACCAGAUCAAUCACAAGCUGUGAGUAAUGAAAAUGGACCAACUACAGUGGGAAAUUCACUCAUUGGCAGACUUGGCUGGUCCACUUCAUUUGAGGAUUGUGACUCGUCAUUAACAUCAUCAGUUAUAUCCAGGAGUUCUGAAGGAGUAGAUGCUCCUCGUACUCCUGGUGAAGGACCUACUUACGAUGCCUUGAUUCAAAGUUACCAUACUGCUGGUUAUGCGACAACGCCAGACCUUCGAGAUUUUCUCAAUAAAUAUCCAACCAAGAAGAAAGUAGACAUCAUACCAGUUCCAGAGGAGCCACAAGCAGAACCAACUGUGAAGCAGGCGACGGAGAGUUUAGAUGAAUUACUAGGUAAAAUACCCCAUGAAAAAGGACUGGAUGUUCAGAACUAUAGUUGCCUCGACUGUGGUCAUCCUAUUGGAAUGAAUUUUUCAAAAGCUCACGUGUGCGCAUUCUCAGGCGAUUAUUACUGUACAAAUUGUAUGUCUGCCGAAGAAUUCCUGAUACCAUCACGAAUGAUCCACAACUGGGAUCUGAAGCGUUACAUAGUUUGCCAAAAAGCAGCGAGAUACCUCACUGACUGUACAACCCUUCUAGACUUAAAAACCUUAAAUCCAAGGAUAUACAUGGCUGUAGAUAACAUGGCGCAAUUGCAAUCGUUAAGGAUUCAAUUAAAUCUGCUACGCGCUUAUCUGUUUACCUGUCGCGAGCCGAUAAUAGAAUCUCUCCAGAAGAAGGUCUCUCCCAAGGAUUACCUCUACGAGCACGUACAUCAAUACGCCGUAUCAGACCUGGCAGACAUUCCCAACGGUGCUUUGGCAAUGCAAUUGCAAAAAGUCAUUGAAUUUGCCAGAAACCACGUAAUGAAUUGCUGGUUAUGCAGUCAAAAAGGAUUCAUCUGCGAGGUCUGUGAUAAUCCUAAAGUUAUCUACCCCUUUGACAUGGAAUCCACGUAUAGGUGUGGAGUUUGCAAUGCGGUAUUUCAUAUGAAUUGUCUGAAUGCAAGUAAACCUUGUCCAAAGUGCGAGCGCAGGCGCAAACGUAUGGACAGACCACUCCUCGAUAUGGGAAAUACCGAUAUACCAACGGAAGGAACCUCCGCUGUUAUUCCUUAAGUUAAUUAAGAGCUAACCAAAUGAAUUAUCAAGAGUACCAUUUAUUUUCUUACCAUUAUUAAUCAGUAUUCGUGUCUUUCCUUAGUUAGAAAUUUUCAUUAUUCAUAGAGGCGAUGCGGUAUAAGAUUUAGAAUGAAUAGGAUACAACCUCUGCCUGCAAUUAACACCAUUUUCACAAGCUACGGAAUUGUAAUCGCUUGCAUAAUUAGUAUUUUCAUAAUGCCGCAAUAGAUAAUCGUGAGGAAAUACCAAUAGCCAGUUACUUCUUACCCUUUGUAGACGAGUGGAUUGUAUAAAAGUCUAAAGAUUAAUAAUAUCGCCAUUUAUUGGUCGUAAUACUUUGUAAAUAAACUAAUUAUCUAUUGUGAAUGAGCUUCAA